AUGGACAGUGGUGACUGCGCUCCCCCAGGAGUUGGGCUUGCCUGAACCAUGACUCCCCACACAUCAGUCAAGAUCUUCAAAAAAAUUUUAAUUUUGGAAAUGAUUGGAGUUCUGGGGGCAUAUGCUUUAUAUUACAAAAUGGACUCAAGUGAAGAUUUCAGACAUAAAAUGAAACGAAGAUGGCCAUCUAUUCUGGAAGUUUAUUACAAGAGUAAUGAGUGGGCUGGUAUUUAUGGGAUCAGAGAGACAGAUGAAGAGAAAUGGCUAACAAAAAAACCCUAGAAUGGUUUGUGUCUGAACUUCUUUUUCUUUCUGAUGAUACUUUUUGCAUCUCUAUUGUGAAUCCACUUGUCACGCUCUGCCUCCCACUUGAGCUGUUUGAAAUCUAACAGAGGAAGACAGUGAACAAAUUAGAUAACUCAAUGGAAUAACUGCAUUCUCUAAACCUGAAUGCGAAGAUUUCUAUUUGGAUGCAAAUAAUUUCUUAGGCAAGAGAUUCCAAAGAACAAAUAAAGCAUGAAUACUUUU